AUGGCUGACCGAUAUAUUCCGGAGCAUCGUCGCACCCAAUUCAAAGCUAAGAGCUCCUUCAAACCCGAAGACCUCCGUCGCCGUCGCGGGGAGCAGCAGAUUGAGAUUCGAAAACAGAGAAGAGAAGAAAAUCUCGCCAAACGUCGAGGCAUUCAGACUCGCGAUGGACAAGUCGGUGUGGAGCCUCACAUGGGCCUAGAUAGCGAUGAGGAGGGUGCUCCUAUUGAAACUGAGCUUGAUUCGGAGCUUCCGGAGAUGGUCAAGGGCGUUUUCUCGGACAAGAUUGAAGAACAGAUCCAAGCGACGACCAAGUUUCGAAAAUUGCUCUCCAAGGAGCGCAAUCCUCCAAUCGAACGCGUUAUCGAAACCGGUGUUACUUAUUCUCGGCGCCCGGGAUCCCUACCGCCCGCUUUGGCCUUGGAUCAGUCUGAAGUAGGCAGAGUCAGCAUGCUUCGUAAACGCUACCUGGACCCUUCAGCAACUUCUGUCGUGCAAAGACGUCCCCAGCCUGACUUGGCCAACGCCCUGCCAGUCCUGGCAAAGCUCGUCUACAUGUUCGACGAUGAAGUUCUAAUUGAUGCUUGCUGGGCCAUUUCAUAUUUGUCCGACGGCGCAAACGAUAAGAUUCAAGCUGUGAUCGAAGCCGGCAUUCCUCGGCGCCUGGUGGAACUCCUGAACCACGCAUCCACCUCGGUGCAAACCCCUGCUCUUCGAUCCGUUGGCAACAUUGUGACCGGUGAUGAUAUCCAAACUCAAGUGAUUAUCAACUGUGGUGCCCUACCUGCACUUCUCUCUCUCCUCAGCUCGACCAAAGAUGGCAUCCGCAAGGAAGCUUGCUGGACUAUCUCCAACAUCACUGCUGGAAACUCCACCCAAAUCCAAGCCGUCAUUGAUGCUAACAUUAUUCCUCCGCUCAUUAACCUCUUGUCCAAUGGAGAUUUCAAGACCAGAAAGGAAGCUUGCUGGGCCAUCUCAAAUGCUACUUCAGGCGGUCUUCAGAAACCUGACCAGAUCCGCUACCUCGUCUCUAGAGGGUGCAUCAAGCCACUGUGCGAUCUCCUUGCCUGUCCUGAUAACAAGAUCAUUCAAGUGGCUCUCGAUGGUCUUGAACACAUUCUCAAGGUUGGAGAGCUUGACAAGGAAUCUGGCGAGAUGGGAGAAUCGAAUGUCAACCGGUACGCCUUGUUCAUCGAAGAGGCUGGUGGCGCGGAAAAGAUUCACGAGUGUCAAAACAAUGCCAACGAGGAAAUCUACAUGAAAGCAUACAAUAUCAUUGAGCGGUAUUUCUCUGAUGAAGAUGAAGCUGGCGCUGACAUCGAUGAGCUCGCACCCCACAAAACGCAGGCCGGUUUCACUCUGGGAACCAAUCAACCUCAAACUGGCGCCUUCAACUUUGCCAAUGGCGGAGAUACGAUGGACAUGUAA